CAUUCCUAUUUCUUUAUUACAAAUGAACCCUUUGGCUUCCGCGAUACUCUCUCCAAACAGGCAUUUUAAGUUUUAUAUCCACGGCACUGGAUUGAAUGUUUGUUUUUCUUUGAUGUCGGUGUGUGGGUAUUGUGGAUCUUAUGGGUACUGUAGUGUACCUCUUUUUUGUGCUGUACAUUUGAGGUACUGUACUGUACGUACCGAUCUGAUGGGCUCCUGGAACUUGGAUGACGUUACGGUGGUGGGCUUUAGUGGGCUGGAAAUAAGCAUUCGGCGCCGGGAGGGCUUCGGGUGCGGCGGGAUGUGUAGUAUACUGUACAAACGAAUAUUGUUCCUGGCGAGACGACGUCGAAGGUCGGUCUUUGAGGGUGAGAGAGGAUGGGAGGGAGAUAUUUCAAAGUGACCUUUGAGUAUUCUUGACAAGUCCUAGACCAACGGCUGAUGGUAAGAAUUUUCUGAAUUGAGGUUGUGAGGUUGUGAAAAAGGAAAAUAAAAAAACGGUCCGGAAGCGGAAGCGGAAAAAAGGGGUCCAACCUUAUCCAGGGGUGCGACGGGUGGAUCCGCGGUGGACACAUCGACCUAAUAUCUGGAUAUUUUCCUGGUUUUCCAUGGUGUUAUUGAUGGCUCUUUUCGAAAUUUUGAGUUUGGAUCUGACGACAGAGUAGAAGUCCCUCAAAUGGCGGGCUGGAGUUCAAGAAUCGAUGACGAGAUGGGUGUGUUCGUCAGUACCGAUUCCGUUUUUUUUAUGGCGUGUUAGUGUUGGUACACCGGUACAGUCCGGUGGUGUGACGGGAUGGGGUGGUCGAGUAGUCAGUCAGUCGGUGAUACUGCGGCUACUCUGUUCUGGACUCCUGGCGUGGGAUUUCGAUGGAGUGGUCUGAUGGGGAUGUGUGUCUGAAGGCCCGAUGGACGUCGGCCGUAUAAUGACGUUGGAACCGCCGAGGAGUACUCGAAGAUGGGAGAUGGAAGUCCAGUCCAGUGCCAUUCCACGAUGCUGCCGCUGGGUCUCGAAUCCAACCGUCCCAAUCCAUUUUAGCGAGCGAGCGAGUAAUUGGGGACUCCAACGAAGAAGGGUUAUUGUGGAAUUGUGGUUCUUUUUCUCAUUCUUGUCUGGCCCUGGGACACAGUAUUCCCAUGAGGUUCCCACAAGUUUUGCAUCUCUUGUCGUGUCCUCGUGAAAAACAGAGCAGAGAAAACCUAUCAUUUUUCAAGGCUUUGCAUGAUUUUCGUAUGUCUGUUCUUUGGCGUCAUUGGAUGGUGCUCCGCUUAUUGUCAUCGAUUCGUCUGGACUGCCGUAUCAAGCAUGUUUUUUUCCCCCUUUGGACGGAAGCGAACUAGGUCUUGAGUUCGCGUGGGUCUACGGAACUAGAAGCCGGCAUUAUUGCUAGGUAUUAGUUUCUUUUUUCUUAGUAUAUACACCCGUCGAUUUCCUCUCCUUCUGGUUUUUCCUUUCUUCUUUUCUCUCUAGUCUUACUCAUCCAAUUCGAUAUUGUAUCUCGACAAGAUCAAGCAAUAUGGGUCUCUUCAAUAAGAAACAGCCUGUGGAGGCCAAUACUCAAGAAAGACUGGCCGCGGAUUCGUCAAAUGCUACACCCCUCGAAUCGACGCCUCAAGAUUCGCCUAUGGGAACCGAGGCGAGAAACACUACCGAAGCACCACGAGAUGAGAAAGUGGUUGCAGGACAAGUAAAGGGCAAGAAAUGGAAUUCGUUUGGUGCAGCAAGGAAUGCCGAGCGAGGCGAUAAGGGAGCACCUGCGACUACCAAAGCGAUUAUCCUCGGUGCUAUUGCUUCGAUUGGUGGAUUCAUGUUUGGUUAUGAGUCUGGGCAAAUCAGUGGUAUGUCUGCCUCGUCUAUUAUGACCAAAAACUUCGACUAAUGAAGUAUAUAGGAUUCCUCCAGAUGACCGAUUUCCUCGACCGCUUUGGCGAGAAUGGAGAGUUCUCGGCGGUUCGGUCAGGUACCAUUGUUGCGUUGCUUUGUGCUGGUACCCUCAUUGGAUGUCUUGCCACGGGAGAUAUCUGUGAUCGUAUCGGACGUCGUUACACCAUUUCUGCCUCUGCCUGGUACUACAUCAUCGGUGUUGUGAUUGAGAUUACUAGUGGUAGACAAUGGGUGCAAUUUGCCAUGGGGAGAUUUACUGCUGGGUUGGGGAUUGGUGCUUUGAGUACUAGUGUUCCUAUGUAUCAGUCUGAGAGUGUGCCGCCGAGUAUUAGAAGUGUGAUUGUGGGAAGUUAUCAAUUGCUGAUUACUUUGGGUAUUUGGACUGCUUAUAUGGUAAGUUAUAUUCGCCUCUCUUUUUGACAUAAGCGCCGAGGAUUUGGACUUUUCACAAGCAUCAAAUCGCAACGUCUAUGAAAACAGAAUAUAUACUUACAACCAAUAGGUCAACUACGGUACAUCCGCAGCAUACACCAACUCCGCACAAUGGCGAAUCCCCAACGGUCUCUCCGCCCUCUGGGCCAUCCUCCUCGGCACAGCCAUCCUCUUCAUGCCCGAAUCCCCUCGCUUCGCAUUCCGCAAAGGGAAAGAAGUCGAAGCCCGCAAAACCAUGGCCAGUCUCAUCCAAAACGGCGACCCUCACGGCGCCGAAGUCGACAAGAUGAUCUUUGAGAUCCGCGAGCAGCAAGAAGCCGAGAACGCAGGCGGCGACCACCCAUGGCACGAGUGCUUCACCGGCCCAAGAAUGAUGUACCGCACGAUUCUCGGAAUGGUCUUGCAAGCUGGUCAACAACUUACCGGAGCCAAUUUCUUUUUCUACUACGGGACGACGAUCUUCAAGUCGACUGGUAUUGAGAACUCCUACAUUACCUCUAUUAUCCUUGGUAGUGUCAAUGUCGGCGCCACCAUCGCCGGUCUCUGGAUCGUCAAGAACUGCGGCCGUCGUAUCAGUCUCAUGGUCGGCGCCGCCGUCAUGUUCGGCUGCUUCCUCAUCUACAGUUUCGUCGGCCAAUUCUGUCUCUCAGCCAGCGACCCCCUAUCCACCCCCGCCGCAGGAUCCGUCCUCAUCGUCUUCACCUGCAUCUUCAUCGUCGCCUUCGCGACCACCUGGGGACCGUUAGUCUGGACCAUCACCGGCGAAAUGUAUCCGGCGCGUUACCGCGCGCCAUGCGUCGCCCUCGCCACGGCCUCCAACUGGCUUCUCAACUUCCUCAUCUCCUUCUUUAGCACCUUUAUCACGAACGAGAUUCAUUACCUCUACGGUCUCGUCUUUGGGGGGUGUACGUUUGCGCUGUUCUUUAUUGUUUAUUUCUUUUUGAUUGAGACGAAGGAUCGCUCCAUUGAGGAGAUUGAUAGUAUGUACAUGUCGGGCGUCACGCCACGGAAGAGCGCCAAUUGGCGACCUAGUGAUCUUGGUUCGGAGGGACUGAAGGGUUUGAAUACUGAUAGGAUGCAUCUGACGAAGGGAGGGAAGGAUGUUAAUAAGGUUCCUGGGGGUAGAGAUGGGUUGAUGCAGCAUAAUGAGUCGAGGUUUCCUGAGAAUCCCGCGCCGUUGGUGCAGAAGGAGAGUGUUUGAGCUAUGUUCUCUUUUCGGUCUUACACAGUUAAAAAGGAGAUAUGUGGAACGGGGUGAGAAUGGGAUUUAAGGGGUGUAUGCUGAUUUAAUGGGAGGAGUGGGUUAGAGGAAAAUAUUGUAAUACGGGCGUCGGGAGAUGAUGUGCGAACGCGAGGUUUGAUGAUGGCAUGUUAGUUGUAAAUAUAAUACCCAAUUGUUAUUCACAUAAGCUACC